AUGAGACCACGGGCUCUGGCAGUGACUAGGUGGCCACCAUCUGCCCCCGGGGGCCAGUGGCGAUUCUCGGCAGCAGCCAGCAGUCCUCCUGGCCAGCUCGGCCCGCCUGCCCAGGAUGCGUGCUUACCCUCCCAGCAGCUGCCGCCCCAUCCACUGCACCUCCCCAUAGAGGAGCACCGAACCUCGGCUCCUGCGGGCGGGAGCCCCUGGAUGCUGCACCCAGCCACCCAGCAGAGCCCGUUCAUGGUUGAUCUCCAUGAGCAGGUGCAUCAGGGACCUGUCCCUCUGUCCUACACAGUCACCACAGUGACCACCCAGGGCUUCCCCUUGCCUGUGGGGCCGCACAUCCCUGGCUGCAGCGCCCAGCAGCUCCCAGCAUGCUCCGUGAUGUUCAGUGGGAAGCACUACCCCUUCUGCUGCCUCCUGCCCCCGCUGAUCCAGGCCUGCACCAUGCAGCAGCUGCCUGGGCCCUACCAGGCCUACCCCCACCUCAUCUCCAGUGACCACUACAUCCUACACCCCUCACCACCGGCCCCACCACUCCAGCCCACCCACGUGGCACCUCUUGGGCAGUUCUUGUCACUGCAGACGCAGCACCCCCGGAUGCCCCUGCAGCGACUUGACAACCACGCAGACCUGCGGGGGAACCAGCACCCACUGGGCGGCUUCACCUAUUCCACCUCUGCCCCCGGCCCCACCCUGGCCCUGUCCGUGCCUCUGUACUACCUGCCCCACAACGCGCUGCCCCAGGAGCUGUCCUUUGGCGUGCCCUAUUCCCAUGUGAUGCCACGGAGACUGAGCACCCAGAGGUACCGCCUGCAGCAGCCGCUGCGCCCGCCACCUUAUUACCCCAGCUUCCUGCCCUACUUCCUCUCGAUGCUGCCGACGUCACCAACAGCGACGGGGCCCACCAUCAGCCUGGAUCUCGACAUGGACGACGUGGAGAUGGAGAACUGUGAGGCCCUCCUGAACCUGGCAGAGCGGCUGGGAGAUGCCAAGACCCGAGGCCUUACCAAAGCAGACAUAGAACAGCUUCCAUCCUACCGCUUUAACCCUGACAGCCAUCAGUCAGAGCAGACCCUGUGUGUCGUCUGCUUCAGUGACUUCGAGGCACGGCAGCUGCUCCGGGUUCUGCCCUGCAACCACGAGUUCCACACCAAGUGUGUCGACAAGUGGCUGAAGGCCAACCGGACAUGCCCCAUUUGCCUGGCCGACGCCUCCGAGGUGCCCCGGGAGGCGGAGUGAAGGCCGCACAGCUGCCCAGGAGAGCCCUGCCCGCAGCUCUGGACACCCCGGGUGGGAGGUGACCAAGGAGGAUGGGG